AUGUUUUCCACAUUCAAUACACGAGACCGUCUCAAAAAAUCCAUGUCCACUCGUUCAAUGCGAAGAACUCGUCGUGCUCCAGAGCCCGAGCCGGUCAAUGCUGAGCUUGCCAGAGCACAGGCAACUGCUGCUGCCUCCCGUGCCAUGCGCUCGAGUGGUUCGUCAACAGAAUCCCAGCCCUACGACCGAUUAGGUGGCCCAGCACAUUUUGCCAUACCCGGGAGACGGCCCCAUUCAAGCCUCCAAAGUACUGAAGACAGUCUACCCGUUCGAACAGGAUCAGCUAUGUGUCCAGUGACACCUUGCCAGUCAAGGGAAAGAAACGAGACCAGUAUACCCCAUCCCUUGCAAGACUGCGUUGCACUGCCCCCGAUCAACGAGUUCAGGGCCCUUGAUGGACGCGACAGUUCAGUCCCCUCAUCGUAUCGCCGAUUGCGUAAGGCAAAAUCCAUGUUCUCUACGAGAGCUCGACCCUCGCACGUCACGUAUGGAGCAACAUCAAUACCUUCACGAGAACCCUUUGAUCCGGAGCACAGCCCAGAGUUUCAGUUGCCUCGCACUCUACGGCCCUCAAUAUCAUUCAUACGAUCUCAUCGUCAAACCCCACGAGCGAUCCGGCAUGCAAAGAGCCAGGAUGCUGCUAUCCAACUCGCUCGCAACCAAUUCCUCGACGAGGCAGGUGGACUGGGAUCUCAACCCCGGCGCUCCUCAUUUUUCUCCCGUCGCAAAAGAGAGCAUCGGCCUUUUCGGAAAACGUUCCGUACUACAAGUGAUACUGGCUUGGGCCUGGCUUCCCUUUCAGAGCACGAUUCAGCGAUGCGAAGCCGCAGCAGGUCUCGAACGAUUUCAGCGUCCAUCAAAAAUGGACUCAUGCGUGUAUUUGGGCUGUCCAGGCCCCCGGGGCCGCCAUCCGAGUCUCCAUUCGAGACAGAGAAUAUUAUCGCUCCAGAGGGCAGCAUCGCAAAUGAAGAGCUCACAUCCAAAAAGGUGGAAGAUAGUAUGGAUCUGCAGUAUGUCAUUUCCAGCGACCAGCAAAAUGCCCAAGUUUCUCCGAGCCGCCAUAGCCUUUGUACGUCCAACUCGCGCGUCACUAGCUGGGCAGAUUCCACAAUCGCCAAUACUAUCAUGACUCGAAAUAUAGGGCAUCGUCAAUCACUAUCUUUGAUCGACGAGCAUGGAGACAUUAACAAGCAACUUCCUCGUGUGCCUGAAAGUGAUAAUGCUCGACAGCAGACACCCUCAUGCAAUCAAGUAACUGAUGCCUUGGGCAAGGGCGUGAGUGGUCAAGGUUUGGAUACUUGGGCUGACAGCCAUGACUUGUACUCGGCAUUGAUGCGACGAAUUGGACGACAGACUACGAACAGUUCUGAAGAGAAGGUCGUCUUUGGCACCGUUCCAGAGCAUCGCGUGAUUCCGGAGCGCACCUCGUCUGUAUAUUUCCACCAAAGCAGACGUACCAUUCGUCACGUCCCCAGUCAGGAUUCUUCAACCCCCAGGUCCUUCACGACGGCGCGUGUCGGGGACUCCCUCUCGCCACAUAAACGCAAUGUCUAUCCGCUGAAGUACACCCCAUCAAAGGUCGCUCAGUACGCAUCGGCUCCGGAUAGCAAGCCACCGAGCAACGCUCUGGAUGAAAGAACACUCCGUUUGGGCUAUGUUAUUGGCGAAGAUUCUGACGGCGAUGAUACUGGAAGUGUUGUUAUUGCCCGGCAUGAGGGAUCUAAAUGCAGCACAGUUUCCCCGAGCGUCUACUCUCGAACCACCACCGGUAAUACACCAACCAAAAGUUCAGAUGACAGUAUACCUAGCCUUCUUGGUGAAACUGGAACUGCAACUAUAUUUGCUUCUCACCGUACAGCCUACAUUUCACCUGCUCGUGCUAAUGAUUCUCCCCGUGUCGAGAGUCGAGGACAGCCCAGUGCUGAUUGGCAACACUGGAUGAGCGCACAGAUUGAGAGAAUCGAGAAAGUGACACCGACCCGAGAACAUGUGCGUGAAGACGCACAAUGUCACACCGAUGAUGACGAAAUUUUUAUGGGCAUCUUACGACGAUCUCCUUCUGUACUUUCCCCUAACUUGACCGGUCUCUCAGUUGCGCCGGACUCCGCAAAUUACGUCGAUGAGUCUCUCUUGGCUGUGGAGCCCCAAUCUUCAACACAAAACAACUUUUCUCGUCCAUUCAGUCGAUCAUCUAGUAUUCGAACCACUAUUAUUCUUCCUACAAUUGAUCCUGAAACGGUGACAAAGAACUUGCCUCCUUUACCUGAUGAGGACACUACAACGGCAUUUGCACCGGACGCUCCAUCGAUAUCAUACCCGGCCCAAGCUGACCAGAUUCUCUCGCCAAUGCGUAUGAGAUCUUCAAAUCUGCACUCCGUUCCAGAUUCUCCCACCCCUCGCCGAACUGGUGCUGAAAGGCCACAAAAGCGCGUUUGGACUCAAGAGCAGUACCGGCGCUAUUCAUCCCGCCGCCCCAUUGCAAAUGUAAAGUCCAACUCGUUCCGGUCUAUGAGAAGCUACCGUGACAUGGAGACCUUCAACAAUGAGAAUAGCCAGCAGCUGAAUGAGCACGAUGCGAUGAUGGAUGAGUACCACACGCUCCAUGGUUCGCAUUCUACGAUGUCUAGUAAGCGCAUGGUGGAGAUGUUCUUGGAUAGCCGGCGCCGUCAGAUCGGACGGGAGGUGUCUGAGAAUACCGCUGCAGGUGAAGCGUUCAUUUGA